CUCCCUUCAUCACGACGGUCACCAAUGGCUUUCCAACAACUCAGUGCGGCGGAAAUGACCCAACUGACUGACUGCAUAACGCGUCUGGCCGCACUGGUGCAAAGCAAAGAUGUACCGGUUUCUGUACCAUCGGAUGCGCAUAUACAGCCAGUUCUGGGCGCCGCCGCUACGCGAGGCAACCUCAAUCUUCUCCGCUCCGGCGUCAUACCCAACGAUCGAGAGAGACACGACAUCGCAACAGAUCUGGACGCCAUGGCGCGUCUCCGAGAAAGCAUUCAAUCCGAGAUCGUGCUCCACUCUCUGAAGCUCGCGCAGACCGUCCAUCAGCAGGCGCAGGUCAUGAUGCAGGAAGCCCGCAGCGCCGCGAUGCUUUCCCCCGUCCGCCUCUUGCCUCCAGAAAUCCUUUCAGUCAUAUUCGAAUACGCUCUCCCGGAAAGGUGGACAGACGAAUGCAUGGGCGGACCAGGCUUAAAUUAUGCGGCGGUCUGCUCGACAUGGCGUGCGGUCGCCCUGAGCACGCCCCAGCUAUGGAGGUAUAUCAACGUCCACUUUCUGUUCUACGCUACGCGGUGGAAGGAAGCCAUGGAGGCUCAUCUUGCGCGCUCUGGAAACUUACCUCUAUCGGUAUCUUUGACAUUCAAUCCGGUCAGGAACGUGACCACUUCAUUUGAAGAGGCCUGGUCUCUCCUCUACUCGCACUCGCACCGAUGGGGAAGCUUGACCGUGGACGAGCUCCCGAUGCCGGCGCGGUAUACCCAGCUUCCCUGGCCUGACCACUUCCCGACCCUCACCCAGCUACACUUACAAAUCUCAUCGCCAUACCGGCCGGCCAAGCUUUUUGCUCUCGCCAGCGCGCCUAUCACGUCGCUCCAGCUUGACUUGGCGCAACCACUUCGCCCUGUGCCUUCCCAGCUCCCCUCGUCAUGGCGCAUCACUAGACUGGCUAUCUUCUGUUAUAGUGCGCGGAGCAGUGACCUCGCACAGUAUUUGCCCAUGAUAUCCAGCUGCAGCGCGUCCCUACGUUAUUUGGACGUCGGAGAGAAACAGUGCAGCUACUCGCCCACCACCCACGGACUGAGGAGCACCACACUCCCUCACCUCGAGCACCUAAAGGCGUCAAAUUACGGUGCUCGACUCUGCCAAGUCUUCUCCAUGCCGAACCUCAAGUCGGCGGCCCUUCGAGGCCGCGCUUCAUCUGCUCGUGAGGAUGAACCACGUUGCCUGAGUUACUUCGCUGACGCGCUGAGCUCGUCGUCAUUUGGCAAGCACCUCGAAUCGCUCACGCUCACCAACCUCGCCGGCGUGUGGCGCAUCCUCGAGGAAUGCCUCGACCUUCUCCCAACUCUCUCGCAUCUCGUCAUCGAGGACAUCCGGAACAUUCGCUAUACACAGGACAGCUUCAUCUCGCGAUCCCUCAUCUACAUCCUUGUUCGCGAUACGGACGACAGUCGGUCCAUGGCGCGGUUGCCGAACCUUACCCAUCUGACUAUGACGUUCGGCGGUACAGCGAAAUCUGGACCGGGUCGCAGCAAAGUGUCCCUUGUGAAGGAGGUUGUAGCAUCGAGGUCGCAGGCGUGCAUGUAUGAGGGAGAAAAGCUGGCGGCCCUCAAACGCUUUGAGACGGAUUUGCCCGGUGACUGGACGCUACCUGUGUCACAAAAUGUUGUCACUUGAGCAAGUCGGACCUGUUCCGCAUACCUACCGUCAUGUAUUCCUAGGACAGUGCCCUAGAUAGCGUCUCUCUGGCCAAUCAAUAUGUCCCCCCUUUCUUGACCUGUUUUCU